AUGUUUGCCACGGCCUUUGACGUGGUCGGUCACACCGUCGAGAUCGCGAAGAUCGAAGACAAGCAUAUAGCCCCACUCUGGACGCUGUUACAGGAAGAAGAAAAUAUUAGACUAUAUCGUCAGCUCUACCACAUUGACCCAACCUCUGAAGAAGACCUUGGGCGAGAUCUGCUUGCAUCAAGCCAGAAUAAUUUGGACACGAAAGCCACACGAGCAAUCAUCAACAAAUUUACUUCUGACGUCCUCGGCUGGCUGAUAGUCCGGUCACAAGAUCCAGACACUUCAGCCAUGACGGCAGAAGCAGCGAUGUUCCUACCUCGUGCUCUACGAUCCGAGCGGGGGACAGAAACCAUGUACUAUGUCAGCCACACCGUGUUCGACAAUCUGGAUUACGAGAAGCUGGAGUUUCGAGCUGGCACAUCAUCCGAAGCAUGGGGUCCUGGCGGUGGCCAGCUGGGAAGGUCAUUGAUUGGUGUGUUGACGCGACAGAUGCUUGAUCGGGGUCGGAGUGCAGAGUCUGAUCUCUUUGUUGUCAUGAAAGCGCAGUGGCCGGUCAUAUCGCUUGCGAUAGGAGCAUGGCUUGAUAGUAAGGGCUCUACGAAAGUGGAGCGGGCGGUGGGUACAUCAUCGUGA